AUGAUGGUGGGCAUCAUUGCAGCUGGUAUUUUAUCAUGUCUAUUAUUAAUCUUCGCAGCUACCUUUUUGAAAUUAUUGUUUUUCCAAACAAAAAAUGAAUAUUCAAAUGGUAGCGAGCCAUCGAUUAUAACGCUUAUAGCCAAAGCCGUCUAUAGGAUAGCAACAAGACAACAAGGUCGACUCUACUUGAAUGCCAACCCAGAGAGAAAAGAUAAGAGAGACACAAUAAAAGCUGACCAGUCGGAAAGAAUAUCGAUAUCAAAAUACAGAAUAAACAGAGAUAAGUUACAUCUAUACAAACAAGUAUGUUGCUGCGAAGAAGUAAUACCAUUAUGUUUUUUAGAAUCGCUGUUUAUGCCAUCUUUAGUCAAUCUUACGGUUAACCCAAUGUUUAAGUUAAGUCCAUUAGGACUGAUUCAUCUUCGCCAAACAAUCACUGUACACGAUUCUCUUGAACGAUUGUUAAAUGCAGAGUUUGAUCUAGAAUCAAGAAUAAAAGAAUAUCGUUUAGUAUCUAGAGGUGUUGAAGUUGACGUAUUUAUUUCUGUUAUAACUGACACCGGUUUCUGUAUCUGGGAGGGCCUGGUCACUCUGCUAUCCCGAAACACGUCAACUCAACGAAGUGGAGGAAAUAAAAAUAUAAAUAAACAGAACAACGAUCGUGAACCCAAGCCAGAUAACCUGGUGCUGGUAGAUGUACCUUCAGAUAAUGGCAUCAAAUAUGCACGGGCCUCUGGUGACUGGAAUCCCCACCAUAUCUAUCCAUGGAGUGCUAGAUUAUUGGGUUAUAGAAAACCUAUAGCCCAUGGAAUGUGGAUUCUAUCUAAAACAAUUUCAUUAAUAACACAAGAUAAAGUCCCUCAGAAUUACCCCCUGAACAUUGAAGCAAUGUUUAAAAGACCUUUAUUUAUGCCUGGUCAAGCUAUAAUUGGUUACUCGAAUGAAACAAAAUACCGGGAUGUCGAUAAAGUAGAUUUUAGUGUAGCAGAUGCCAUCACCUCUGCUCCACAUCUCAUUGGUUCCUUGAUAUAUAAUGUAGAUUAA